AAGUUGGAAAAGAGAUUCCCGGCUUGUGGGACCAAAAACAAGCUCUAUGCUUAUGGAGCAAUUCUCCACCCAUUUUACAAAGGACUCACACUUGCCCAACAUGAAAGUUCAAAUUAUAGGGAAUUGAUUGAGCUGAUGAUAAAGGAGAAUGAAGUUGAGCUAGUACAUGACUUGAAUCACGGAAUUUUUGAGGAAGUUGAUGAGGAAGACUACAGCAUUGAAGCUAAGAUUAGAGCUAAAAUGAGGUCUUCUCAGCCAAGCCAGCAUACCCGGUCACUGCUUGAGGCAGCCAUUAGCCCCAUGCAGUUGGAAAUGAACAGGUACCUCAACUUAACAAAUCCUCCUCCAGCCGAUGUUGAUGUACUACAAUGGUGGAGAAGGCAUCAUCGGGAGUAUCCUCUUAUUGCCAAGUGUGCCAGAAAAUACCUUUGUGUUCAGACAUCGUCAGCGAGCUCUGAGCGAGUGUUCUGAUCAGGAGGUGCAAUUGUGACCUACCAAAGGACAAAGCUUGAUGUUGAAAAUGUCUACAUGCUAGUUUACUGUAAGGAAAACUUGCCAAAGGUUAAAAUCUCCGCAAAGUUUCACGAGGAUGAAGCAGAGGAGGAACUUCUUCAGGACAAAACAACUGAAGUCUUGAUAGAAGGUUCAGCCAAAAUUCAUUUUGGUAAGGGAGGAGGUAAAGGAAAUAAAAAAAAGUUGGAUGUUAGUCUUCAAAGUCAAUCGAAGGCUGGGUCUACUUCAACCAGCCAAUCAACAGUAUAUUCAAGCAUAAGAGUUGGAACCUCUUCAAGAAACAGAGAUGAAAAUCCAUCAACUAUUAGCAUACAAUCCUUUGACAGUGAUUGAUUAUAUAUAAAAAUGUGGAAAAUGUUCCUUUUUGUUCCUUUUAUCAAAUUAAUUAUAUUGUUUGAAAUCAGGAAUAACGUUUUUAACUUGGGUAAACCGUCCAGUAACUGACGUUUUUUUGAACCUAUUUACAUGUUAAAUAUAAUUCUUAUUCGUUAAAUAUAAUUCUCAAUCGU